AUGGCGUGCAAGGGGCAUACGAAAACUGGAAAAUAUGUUCUACACAAAAGAGGGAGCACUUUUUAUCUGGGACUGAGAUGUCAGAGCGGGAAUGUUAACUGUAUUCUGUUUCUUUGGCAGUUGAUCAUCCUGUCCGUGGUGGUGGCCGUGGCAAGCGCCGGCUAUCUGGGCGCCCCCGCCGUCUACGCCCCUGGCGCACCUCUGGCUGCCCGAGGAUACGCCGCCCCCGCCUACGCUGCCCCCAUCGCUCGUUACGCCGCCCCCGUGGCUAGGGCCUACGCCGCCCCCGUAGCCAGGGCCUACGCCCCAGCUGUCGCUGCCGCCCCCGCCGCCGUGGAGUACGACCCGCACCCCGAGUACAGCUUCGCCUACAACGUCCAGGACGCCCACACUGGUGACUCCAAGACGCAGCACGAGAGCCGCAGCGGAGACGUCGUCCAGGGCAGCUACAGCCUGGCCGAACCCGACGGUUCCAUCCGCACCGUCGACUACACGGCUGACCCCGUCAACGGCUUCAACGCCGUCGUGCACAAGGAGGCCGGCGCCCACCCCGCCGUAGCCGCCCCCGUGGCCGUCGCCCACGCCCCCGUGGCCGUCGCCGCCCCCGCCAGGGCUUACGCUGCUCCCAUCGCCAGGGCUGCCUACGCCGCCCCCAUCGCUAGGGCUGCCUACGCUCCCGCCCUGGCCUACGGUGGCGCCUACCAUGGUUAAGGACUGACAUGGACCAACCAACCAACUACUCAUCCUCAUUUUGUACAAAUUUUUGUAUCCAUUAAUGAACAUCAAUAUAAUAUUUGUC